GAUUGGGAACCUUUGCGCCGCCUGAAACUCAUUUCCUGAUUGGCUGACUGGAAGGUGCGUGGUGUCUCAGAACAGCCAGCUGAACAGACUUCUCUCUGUGCUUCAACUGUCUGUCUGUCAGUCUUUUGACAACUACACACUGGAUUAAGAGCUGAGUCCACGUGGAUAAUCAAUCAUGGAAUUACUGGAUCGAUAUCUGGAAAGGAGCAAUUCAAUCAGCUCUGUGUCCACUCAAGAUAUCAAAGAGGAGACCCUGAGAGAUGACCUGAAGUAUUACUUCAUGAGUCCAUGUGAGAAGUACAGAGCCAGACGACACAUACCCUGGAAACUUGUGGUGCAGAUCCUGAAAAUCGUCAUGAUCACCACACAACUCAUCCUGUUCGGCCUCAGCAACCAGCUGGUGGUGUCCUACAAAGAGGAGAACACGAUGGCCCUCAAAAACUUGUUCCUGAAGGACUACAAAGGGGUGGAUGAGGACGACUACAGCGUUGCCGUCUACACCCAACAAAAUGUCUACGACAGCCUGUUUUAUGUCCUGGAUCAGUACAGCCAGUUGGGCCGGCUCUCCGUGGGCCCCAUCGGCUACGGCGAGGAUGAAGACGGCCGUCUGCUGCCUCUCAUCAUCUGUAAAGAGUACUACAAGAGAGGCAGCGUGGAGCCCUCAGAGGAGGCCUAUGAUAUAGAUGCACAGCUGGAGAGAGUUUGUAUGUCACAUGAUCCAAAGACUGCAAACCAAUGGAAAACCCAGAAUUCCUCCUUUUUUGAUCUGGACUUUUACAGGCUUGUUAACAUCAAUAUGACCUUUCAGCUGAAAGGAAUCAACCUACAGACGGUGCGCUCACGGGAGUUACCUGACUGCUACUUGUUCUACGUCACGAUAACGUUUGACAACCAGUGUCAUAGUGGAAAGGUGAAAAUAUUCCUGGACAUAGACGCUCAGAGCUAUGCAUGUCGAGACUGGAAGAUAUCUGGAACGGCUCAAAAGAACACACACUAUCUGCUGGUGUUUGAUGGCUUCGUCAUACUGGUUUGCCUCACGUCGGCUGUGCUGUGCAGCCGCUCUAUCGUACUGGCUGUACGGUUACUGCAGAGAUUCUCCAGAUACUUCCAUGAGAACUACAAUGGUAAAGUGUGUGAGGACGACCAGAGGGAGUUUCUGAAUGGUUGGUAUGCGCUGGUCAUCGUGAGCGACCUCUUGGCCAUUUGUGGAUCCAUACUGAAGAUGGAAAUACAAGCAAAGAGUCUGACCAACUAUGAUGUGUGCAGUAUCUUCCUGGGAACGUCUACAUUAAUGGUGUGGGUCAGCGUGAUCAGGUACCUGGGAUACUUCCAGAAAUACAACGUGUUAAUUUUAACCAUGAAAGCAGCCUUCCCCAAGGUACUGCGUUUCUGCUGCUGCGCUGGCAUGAUCUACCUCGGCUACACGUUCUGCGGGUGGAUCGUACUGGGGCCGUACCAUGAGAAGUUUGAGGGUCUGAGUCGCGUGGCCGAGUGCCUCUUCUCCCUGUUGAACGGCGAUGACAUGUUCACCACCUUCGCCCAGCUGAAGGACACAAACACGUUGGUGUGGAUCUUCAGCCGGGUCUACCUCUACUCCUUCAUCUCCCUGUUCAUCUACAUGGUGCUGUCGCUCUUCAUCGCCCUCAUCACUGACUCCUAUGAGACCAUCAAGAGCUUCCAAAAGAACGGAUUCCCGCUGACGGACCUGCAGAAGUUCCUCAGAGAGCAGAAAAAUGUUCCUGUUGCAGAGGAGGCCAGUCAGACGGACGUUCACGUCAAAUACUCCGUGUUGUGCUGCUGCCAGCGAGUUCCUGAAAGUGAUGAUGUCAUAUUGAUCAGCUGACAGCUGCCCAAACUCCAGAGGACACGGAUCAGGGAGGAGGAGGAUGAUGAUGAUGCUGGGAACAGGACUUCACAUGUCUGAUACGGACUUCAAGAUCAAACCAAAUCCUCCUAAGUGCAUGGUUACCGAUUUCUGUGACGUGCAAUAUGAAACACCAAAUAAGUUCCCUCGCUUGAACAUGAAACUGGAGCUCGAGUAAAAGAGCUGGAACUGGAAACAAAAAGGGUUUCAUGACAGUACUGUAUGUAAUGGAGUUCAGGAUGCUGUUGAGAAGUUUACUGGGCCUUUUUAAGGUCUGUACAUGCGUUUAGUUGCCAAAGAAUUGGAUUCAGUGUUUUCUGUAUUUGAAUGUAACUGCAAACACUGGUGCUAUGCAACAUUAUGCAGGGAUGUAAUUUAUUUGUCAAGUGUUGUAGUAAAGAUUGCAGUAAAAAGCUAAUCUUUUCAUUAUUAGUUUCUCUAAAGUGCAUAACACAUUCACAGCUGAGAUUGAGUAAGACAGGAGUUUUGAACGAGCAAACCAGAAUUACAGUGUGAGUCAGCUUUAUCAAGAAAUCUACAAGCAAGUGUAGAUGUUGAGACAAGCUGGAGCACGACUUCUCACUCUGAGUACUGUGUUUUGAACUCGAUAAAAUCAAAGGUGUUUUUUUAAACUCGUACAACAUGCUGGAUCAAACUCAAGGAGUUACCCACAGCAAAGACCUCUGUUGCCCUGUGGGGCUGCUUCAUAAUGUCAUCCAAAACAUCCCCUGAUUACUCAGCCUGGAUGAGACAAAAUGCCUGAGGAGGUAGAUGUGGUCCCACGAUACCCAUUAAUGAUGCAACAUGUCAUUCAAUGCCAACCACUAAAGUAAUUUUCCUAUGUUGCAAUAUUUAUAUUAGUAUUAUUAGUCAUAUUUGCUUUCAAACAGUCAAAGACGAGAGCAGGAUAUUCAGUCUAAGGAUUUCCUUUCAACAGAUCUGUUUAGUUUGGGUCAACAAGCACACUUUUCAACUCAACACAAAUUCAGAACAAAUGUCAAUAUGCGUCUCUGUGUGCCGUCUCAAACAAAACACGCAGAUUUUGUUGUGGAAAGUAGGAGUUUAAAGACAGCAAUGAUUGUGGAUUAUCACAUGAACAGAUGUGCAGCUCCAAACACCUAAACCGCAAUUUAAAGGUGAAUAUAUCACGUUAUAUUUAUGUGCUUCAGGAUGGUUCAGUGCGAAUUUCCACUUUGGUGAAAGAAGAAAUCGGAGAGGAAAAGGAGUUGUACAUUGAACUAAAUACUUUUUUUUCAGUUGUGGAAGAAGUACUGAUAUAUUUUACCUGAAUAAUAGUAGCAAUACAACAACCUAAAAAUACUCCACAUGUAAAAAAGUCUUGCAUUCAGUACAUCAGCAGACAAGCAUAUCAACAAUAUGUACUUAAAGUAGCAGAGGUAAAAGUACUCAUUAUCAUUAUGACAUAUUAAUACUAAGUAGGAUUUUACUGUUGUAGCUGGUUGUGACGGAGCUAGUUUUAACUACUUAUAUAUAAAGAUUUGUAGUUGAGUCCAGUGGUCUGGCUGCCUACAAAGUGCCUCCAUCAAUAUGUGGAGCGGUGAGAUGAUUAAUGGGAUAGAGAAGAUGAAAAAAAGUUUGAAAAGAAACAGAACAACAUCUACACAAUUUAUUAUUUCAAGCUUUUCUCUAAGCUUUGCUCUCUCUUUUUGUUAAAUAUUGGAAAAUUUGACCUCUUUGGGCCUCGAGCAGUUAACCUGUUGAAACGAGAAAUUCUGUCAACUCGUUGCCAUCUGAAGUAUGUGGAAGCCCAUUUCUGCCACUGUGAUGAAAAAAAAAAAAAAAAGCUCCUGUAAGUUGUUAUAAUGAGAAA